AUGGAAAAAUGUGGGAUCCGCAAAUACCGUAUUAUGGAUAUUUUGUGCUUUCAAUACGGUGGAUUUGAUAAGGUUGGAUGCAUAAAGAGGGACAUUUAUAAUUUCUGCCAUGCUAAUAAGCAGGAGACAAUCAGUGCCGGUGAUGCUAAUACGGUGAUCAUGCACAUGAUGGCGAGGCGAGAGCGAGAUGUGGAUUUUUUCUUCAAGUACUUGGUAGACGAGCAUGGCCAUCUGAAGGGACUGUUCUGGGCUGAUAGUCAAUCGCGACUUGACUACGAGGCUUUCAGAGACGUCAUUGUUUUCGAUAGCACAUACAGAACCAACAAAUACAAUCUGCCAUUCGUGCCGUUUGUGGGGUUGAAUCACCACCGCAGCACUGUUAUUUUUGGCUGUGGUAUAAUUUCUCAUGAAACAAGCCAGGCAUACGAGUGGAUGUUGCGGACCUUUUCUGAUUGCAUGGCACAGAAGCAUCCGAUAUCUGUGAUCACAGAUGGGGACCUUGCAAUGCAGUGA